AACAACACACAGUUUCGUCAAGGAAAUUUGGGCCGGGUGGAAUUGGUUUACAUUGCGUGGUAGAAGUUCCCACAGCGAAUGUUAUAAAAAGGUGCGAGAGACCGACUAGGAUCAGAACCGAUCCCUGGCUUUUUGUGAGACACCAAAGAAUACCUCUCCACUCUCAAGAUGGCAUCAGCUCGUCUCCUUUGCAACCUCCUGUUCGGCCUCCUCAUCAUUCAAACAUGUUCUGCUGCCGCAAUCCAAAUUGUACGCAGCGCUUCUUACUCCAGCUACUACCCAUCAUCUGGUUCAAGUUCCUCGGGCUAUAGUUCCUACUCCUACUAUGUAGAAGAGAAGAACUUCGAAGAAUCUUACUCCAGCUACUCAUCUGGUUCAAGUGGGUCUGGUUCCUCGGGCUAUAGUUCCUACUCCUACUAUGUAGAAGAGAAGAGCGAAGGAUCUUACUCCAGCUACUACCCAUCAUCUGGUUCAAGUGGGUCUGGUUCCUCGGGCUAUAGUUCCUACUCCGACUAUGAAGAAGAGAAGAGCGAAGAAUCUUACUCCAGCUACUACCCAUCAUCUGGUUCAAGUGGGUCUGGUUCCUCGGGCUAUAGUUCCUACUCCGACUAUGAAGAAGAGAAGAGCGAAGAAUCUUACUCCAGCUACUACCCAUCAUCUGGUUCAAGUGGGUCUGGUUCCUCGGGCUAUAGUUCCUACUCCGACUAUGAAGAAGAGAAGAGCGAAGAAUCUUACUCCAGCUACUACCCAUCAUCUGGUUUAAGUGGGUCUGGUUCCUCUAGCUCUGGUUCCUACUCCGACUAUGAAGAAGAGAAGGGCGAAGAAUCUUCCUCGGGCUAUAGUUCCUACUCCGACUAUGAAGAAGAGAAGAGCGAAGAAUCUUCCUCGGGCUAUAGUUCCUACUCCGACUAUGAAGAAGAGAAGAGCGAAGAAUCUUACUCGGGCUAUAGUUCAUACUCCGAUUAUGAAGAAGAGAAGAGCGAAGAAUCUUACUCCAGCUACUACCCAUCAUCUGGUUCAAGUGGGUCUGGUUCCUCUAGCUCUGGUUCCUACUCCGACUAUGAAGAAGAGAAGAGCGAAGAAUCUUCCUCGGGCUAUAGUUCCUACUCCGACUAUGAAGAAGAGAAGAGCGAAGAAUCUUACUCGGGCUAUAGUUCCUACUCCGACUAUGAAGAAGAGAAGAGCGAAGAAUCUUACUCCAGCUACUACCCAUCAUCUGGUUCAAGUGGGUCUGGUUCCUCUAGCUCUGGUUCCUACUCUGACUAUGAAGAAGAGAAGAGCGAAGAAUCUUCCUCGGGCUAUAGUUCCUACUCCGACUAUGAGGAAGAGAAGAGCGAAGAAUCUUACUCCAGCUACCACCCAUCAUCUGGUUCAAGUGGGUCUGGUUCCUCGGGCUAUAGUUCCUACUCCGACUAUGAAGAAGAAAAGAGCGAAGAAUCUUACUCCAGCUACUACCUAUCAUCUGGUUCAAGUGGAUCUGGUUCAUAUAGCUCUGGUUCUUACUCCGACUAUGAAGAAGAGAAGAGCGAAGAAUCUUACUCCAGCUACUCAUCUGGUUCAAGUGGGUCUGGUUCCUCUAGCUCUGGCUCAUACUCCGACUAUGAAGAAGAGAAGAGAGGAGAAUCUUACUCCAGCUACUCGUCUGGUUCAAGUGGGUCUGGUUCCUCAAGCUCUGGUUCCUACUCCGACUAUGUGUAAGAGAGGGCCGUAUCAUCUUACUCCGACUCCUCAAGCUAACCAUAAUUCAAAAAGUUAACAGUGGAAAUCAAUCUCAUACACAGUUUCUUUUAAAUUGAAUUAUUGACAAUUUAAUUUGAGAUUAAUUACGACGUAAUAUUGGUAAAAACAUUUACAUCUUCGUCCUGCAUAGAAAUCAAUGUAAGACAGCGGCUCAGGUAGUAAUUACUUGUAUCUGAAUAGAGAAUAGACUCCUUGCAUGUAGGCUCUGGUAGCCCCAAGAAGAUGAUCAUAUUAGAGCAAGUUGCUAUGAGGGACGACCGAAAGUACACAUUGAGUGACGUCACGGCGUCUCAGGUCUAUUGCUAUUUUAAGGUGACCUGUUUACAGGUAACGGACAACAUUUGCAAAAACAACACUACUGAAGCAGGUUCUUAAAAUAGAAUUAACCUCUUGAAAUUUCAGAAAUAGGCCUGGAUAUGCUUUUUGAGAAACUGGGAAAAUGCAUCUUCAUUUUUCUGGACGCAAAACAUGGGUUUCCGUUGCGAGUCGAGUGCGUGCGAUGAUUCGGUCCGAACCAUCGCAAGGAAAUGAUGGUUAAUUCCGUUGUUUUUUCUCGAAAACGAGAAUAUACGAGGCGCAACUAUUUCACAGGAUGCGCGAUCCUAUUAGACACUUACAAUCAAGUAGGAUAUUUCAUGAUGAUUUCGACAGUUUUAUUUUUUGAAUUGAUUAUUUGCAAAUAGCGUCCAUUGUCUCUAUUGUUUAGAGGGAAAAGUACAAUGCAUGGCUACCCUAAUUUCGGCCAAGGCAGUAACCCACGGAAGACAGAUUUUACGGAGCGAUUUUUCCGGCAUCAUUGUCGUCGUAAGCAAAUCUACAAAGUACCGGUACAAUAGUUGUCUUCUAGAAACUGAAAAAUCGUCGGUCGUGCGAUUAUUUGUUCACUUCAAAUGGCAACUUAAUAGUUGUUUAUAGUCUCGCUCGCUAAUUGUUUUAGAUUCUUUAUAGAAAUUCUUGUGAAUUAUUCAACGAGUUUUCAAUAAAUUUAAGUUCACGCAAGAGAAAAUGUU